AUGUCAGAAGGGAAAAUUCUUGAUGCAUCAUUAAUCAAGGAUCUAUCCAAUCACAUCUAUGAAAAGCGUAAGGCUACGGCGUUCCAAAUUGAAACUCUCACCAAGGCAGCGUUGUCUCGUAAUGACAGUCAAACAAUCUAUCGAAUCAUCAAUGAGUUGACUGAAUUGACCAACAGUGGUACCAAUUCUGCCAAAAUGGGGGCAAUCACGGCAUUAGGGAGCGUUUCUGUCGCCCUUGGUCUGUUUGCCAUUGCCUACUUUUUAGAAGAAAUUAUCAAGCCGAUAUUUGCUACGUUUAGAGAUACUGAUGCUCGGGUCAGGUAUUAUGCCUGUGAAUCACUUUAUAACAUUGCCAAGAUUGCCCGAGGUGAGAUUUUACUUUAUUUCAAUGAAGUGUUUGAUAUUUUGUGCAUUUUAGUAACUGACUCCGAAUCUUCAGUCAAGAAUGCUGCCGAUAUCUUGGAUAGAUUGAUCAAGGAUAUCGUCAGUGCCAAGUCUACCAAUUACGUGUCGAUCUUACAACAAGAUCAAGAAGACCAACAAAAUGAAAUCAAGAGUCAUUUAGUCGAUGCCCAGGGAGUGGCUAUCCAAGUAAACAAUCCCCAGGAUCCACAAAAGGCAUUUUCACUUCCAAAGUUUAUUCCUAGUUUAUUGGAAAGAAUGUACACGAUUGAUCCGUUUGCCAAGAAGUUCUUGUUGAGUUGGAUUGAAUUGUUUGAUGAUAUCCCACUGUUGGAAUUAAUUUCGUUCUUGCCUAAUAUUUUAGAACCGUUGAUUAAAUUUUUGUUUAAUAAUUCUCCAAGUGAUGUCCGAUUGGAGACGGAGAAUUUAUUGAAUGUGUUGUUGAAGGAGAUUAAAUCUAUCGCAAAGGUCAAGUAUCAAGUCAAGAAAAAGCAGCUCGAGCAGAGGAAAAAAGACGGAGACGAAGGUGACUCCAAGGAUGUAUCGGAAGACACCAAGGAUGAGAAAACCCAAGAAGAAGCAAAACCAAAAGAGGAUCAACAAGAAAAAGAGGCCAACCAAGACGAAUUAGAAGAGGAAGAAGACGAAGACGCCUCAAUUAAAUCCCUGGAUACAACAGUCAUUAGAACCACACCUCAAACUAAAUCCGAACCAAAAAACCCCGAAGGUGAAGUGUUCCUUAUUGGUCAAGACAUAUUCAUUGAUCAUACCAAAAUCAUUCACAUUCUAUUAUCAUUCUUGAAAUCGUUUGAAAAUGAAACCAAGAAUGAGUUCGCCAAUGAACCUCAUGAAAUCUACUGUCAAGUUCAAUUCAUUGCUUUGAAAUGGUUACGCGAAAUAUUAGAUAUUUCUCCAACAGGGAUCCUUAGAUUGUUCCCUGAUACGUUAUCCAUAGUAAUGAAGAAUAUUGCCAUCACGGACUCAGAGCGUGAUUUCGAACUUCGUGAUUCGUUCCUUAAUUUCAGUUUAGCAUUGCAAGAAUUCUUGAACAAGUUCAAUCAUCAAAACGGGAACCGCGAAGAGGAUUUGAUUCUUGGAAUAACUCAGGAAGUAAGUGACGAUUUUAAUGAAGUUCAGUUGCCAAAGACUAUUAAUGCUAUAAUCAAACAGUUCCUAGGGUCUACCAAUGAAUUAUCGAGAAUAACUUCAUUACAAUGGUUGAUCUUUAUCUACUCGAGAACUCCACAAGAGUUCCUUGAAGUAUUUGUAUCACCACUGACAACUUUUGAUUUAACUGAUUUGUUGAAAUAUUCAAAUGAUUCAAGUAAUGAAGUGAUUUUUAAAGUAUUGCAAUUGUUAGCAAAAAUCUCAGAGUCAAAUCAAGAGUUCUUUAAAAGUUUCAUUAUUAAACUAAUUAAACUAUUUGAACAGGAAAGCCAUGAAAAAUCCCAUCGAGUUAAAGUUGACUUUAUAAUUAGAAAAUUGUGUGUUAGUCUUGACUCGGAAAUAAUAUUCACUACGUUAUCAGAAGUUUUAACCACCAUGGUUGAUGACGAUUUGGAGUUCUUGAAUAUGAUGAUUGUCACAUUAAACAAUAUCUUGUUAACGGCCCAGGAAUUGCUUAACUUCCGCAAGAAGCUUAAGAAUCUUGACGUGUAUAAGCUUGAAGAUUGGCAAUUGUUUGCUUCAUUAUUCCAAAGUUGGUGCCAUAACGCUCCAAGUGCUUUAUCGUUAUGUUUAUUAACUUCUAAUUAUGAAUUAGCAUUCCUAAUCAUCAAGAAUCUUUCCGAACUGGAAGUUACAUUCCAAUUAUUAACUCAAUUGGAUGUGCUUAUUCAGUUGUUGGAAUCGCCAAUUUUCUUGAAGUUGAGAUUGCAAUUGUUAGAGCCAGAAAAACACCCAUAUUUGUACAAGACAUUGUAUGGAUUGCUCAUGAUCAUCCCACAGUCAUCAACGUAUACUACUUUGAGAAAUAGAUUGACUACAGUGUCAAGUUUGACACAUACUGGUAUGAUAGCUACUGCUGCUACAGCUGGCUCUUCCACAUCGGUAUUAACAACCCCGGUGUCUACGCCAAGUGCAGGAGUAGUGUCAACGACCGGGGCAAUCACGUCUCAAUUGCUGAUCAAGAGGAAACGAAUUUAUGAAAUGUUGGACAAGUUUACCAAAGUACAAGAUAAACAUGAAGAGUACACCACAAACAAAGUCGGAUAUCAAGAAUCAAACUAUGAAGGUAGUAUUGCUGCUGUAAACCUGAUAAAGUAAAUACUUCAUUUUAAAUAUAAAUUUAACAUUUUGUAAA